AUGCACCGUGCCGGUCCAUCCAUGGUGCGCUCUAUCUACCCGCCCUGGAACAACGAGUCGGAGAAGGCUAUCGUGGCGGUCUGUAGCGUCCGAUUGCCACCUGAUUCAUCGAGAAUUGGUCAAUUCCAACCAGAAGGACCCAGCCCUCCUCCCCUCCAACCUGAUCCCGAGAACCUGAACCGUGAUCGAGAUCCUCGAGCCGAUAAGCUCUUUGAUCAAUACACUGCGGAGCCUGAAGCACGCCUCCUCCAUUCAAAGCUCGAAAUAUCAACUCAAGUAACCCAUCCUGCUUACUGGAGCCGUGGACACGCGUCCAAGCUGGCCAAGUGGGCUUUAGAGGUAGCUGACAUCGAUCAAGUAGCAGCUGGGGUCGCUGCAGCGACAAUGGGCGUCCCAUUCUUUUCCCAUUUGGGAUUUAAACUGGAUGAGUUGAUCGAGGUCAAGGGAUACGAAAGACAUCCUGAGAGUAUCAAAGUGUGGAUUGGCACUCGUGAAGUAUUUGAUGCAAAACCAGAAUUGUGA